AUGACCCUGCUAUCCUGCAGUAAGUUGAGGAACCGUUUGUCUCAGCAGGCAUUUCGGGCUCGACAGCAACUGGAAGCCAGCGAACUGAAGCAGCGGCUAGCCCAGUUCGAAGGCUCCGAGAGCGAGCGAAAUCUACGAUUGACCAGAGAGAGCCAGUCCCUACGCAAGCAGCUAUGGCAGUGCGAGAAGAAGUUGCGGAGUCUUCAGGCAGGGCUGAAGACCGUCGUCGACUCCAUGAUUGAAGUUCGAGGACGCGACUAUGCCGAGGAGCUGCAGCAGCAGCAGCAUCAGCAAUCCAGGAGUAGCCAAAGCUCAAGUUUACAUCACCUGGACGAGGACUCUGCAUCUUCGUCGUCGGCUAGACUGUUCCAAUUCGGGGGCGACGUUAUUCAGACUGACAAUGGACCCGCUGGGAUUCUGGACGUGGAUUCUGAUGUUGGGUAUGGCCAGAACCCAAGUCUCCCUCCAGAGGAUGUCGGUAUCCCUGCUGCUGUGGGAGGAAGCCUUUCCUGCCUGGCGACAUUCGACCAAGCGUUUCCUUUCCCAGCCGAUAUUGUGUUGGGGUCCAAUCUGGCUCCUACAACGGACGUGCACGUCGGACAGCCUCAGCCAGAUCUUCCUGGCCCAGCCUUCUCCAUCGACGACGCCCACGUCCACGCUGACGAUGACGUGGAGCUCGUUCCGCGAACACCCUCGGUCCUUGAGGACAUGCCCUGGAACCCCGGGACAUCACUCCUCUCGUCGGCAGCAUUCACGUUCAAUAACCUCCCGCAGGUGACUUUGACGCCCUCGAUCUACUGUCAACACAUUGACGCGUACGAGAUGUGCGUGACGACAAGUCGCCUGCUGGACGGCACGCGCAUUCUAGUGGAUCUGAAGACUCUUACGCGAGCCAUCUCGGCCAUAGUCACCUCCUUUGUCAAGAUUGCCUGGUCCGGCAUGGAGUCUUGGAUGCGCUACACCAACGGCGUCGACACGCUGGCCAAGAUGACCGUCUGGCGCGUCGCCCCGAGCCCGGCGAGCCUAGCAGCAAUCCCGGCAUGCUUGCGGCCAACAGCCCUGCAGGCCGCCGUGCCCCAUCCCGGCGUGAUCGACUGGUGCGUCUUUCCCUUUCUCCGUGACCGGCUAAUUCAGUACCACUCGGGCGACCCGGCGCUGGACGACAUCUGCGGCGAUAUCGGGCUCGCGUACGUCGUGCAGGCAGAUCUAUCGGAGCUCGUCGUCGGGGCACAGCCGCUGCUUGUCAACCUCAGCGUCCUCGACAUCGUCCACGGCAUGAUGCACGGUCCGGAGGCGCGGGGAAGCGAAGAUUCCCUCGAGAGCAACCCUGUCCACAACGCGGACACGACUUCCUCGCGGUUCGAGCAGCCCCCUUCGACGGCCAGGCUACCCGCUCCCAACCUGCGGAUCCUCCUCCACACAAGGGAAUACGCCUGGGCGCUCUACCGGCAUCUCCGCCUUGCCAAAGGAGGCGAUUGCUACUGCAUCGAUUCGGCCCUGUUCGUCAAGUACCCGCACCUAUACGAGCCGGACGCCUCGAUUGCACAGGGCGUCCCCCUGAGAUCGCUGCACAACAAGGAUAUGGCCUGGCCAACACCACGGCCACUGGACAACGUGGCCAUUGAGACGUACCGGCGUUGCAUCGCGGGAAGGGUCCGAGUGUGA